UUGUUUCCGGACGGAAGUGUUUUCUAUUGGGCCGCUGGCGCGAAAACACACAUGAAUAUCAACAAAAACCAGGAGAAAACUCUUCAGAGUAUUAAAAUAUCACAUUUACUGCCGCAAAAUGAAGUUUCGAGCUAAAAUCAUCGAUGUCGGAUGUUUAAAUCACUUCACACGUGUGGUGAACACAGUGUCCAGACUGACUAAGGCGUGUGUUCUGCGGCUCACCUGUGAUCACCUGUAUUUCGUGCUGUCGGGUCGUGUCGCUACAGGAGGAGUCAGUAUGUGGUGUGAACUCUCACAGGUGAAUUUCUUCGAUGAGUUCCAGUUGGAGGGAGUGUCUGCUGACGCCAACGAGAUCUUUCUGGAAGUGGCUCCGGAGAAUCUUUCCCGAGCCUUAAAAACGGCCCAGAACGCCAAAUCGGUCAAAAUCAAACUGACCAAGAAGAACUGCCCGUGUCUCACGCUGGCCGCGGAGCUGCCGUCUCUGUCCAGCGUCAGUCGUGUGGUCACUCAUGAUAUCCCAGUGGAUGUGAUUCCCAGACGACUGUGGCAUGAUUUCAGAGAGCCGCAGAUGCCAGACUUUGAUGUCAGCAUAUAUUUACCUCCUCUGAAGACCAUGAAGAGCGUUGUGGACCGCAUGAAGAACCUCUCCAACUAUCUGGUGCUGGAGGCUAAUCUGAACGGUGAGAUGAAUCUCAAGAUCGAGACAGAACUGGUUUCUGUCACAACGCACUUUAAGGAGCUGGGAAACCCUCCGUGGGGGGACGACGGCUCUCAGAGCUCCAGUCCGACUCACAGAGAUCCGGAUCUCAUGGCUGAGGCGCGUGUGGACAUCAAGAAACUCCAGCAGUUCCUGACGGGACAGCAGGUCAAUCCCAGCAGAGCCAUGUGCAAUAUUGUGCACAGAAGGAUUCUUCACCUGAUCUUUCUGCAUGAGGAUGUGUCUCUUCAGUAUUUUAUUCCAGCGGUGAUGUGACGAGAUCUUAGGAAUCACCUCCACAAACACUCACCUGCUCCGUCUCAACUCAAUCAGACUGAUAUGCAGAAUAUCUAAACCAAAAAAUUACAAGUAUUUCAAGGAGUCAGUUGUUAUGUAUAAUGUAAAUAUGUGUGUAUAUAUGAAUAAA